AUGCCUUCCGCAUCGUCAUCCUCCCCGACCAAAUUCUACCUCCCCGACCUCGUCGGCCACUCCACAAUCCCUGUCCGCUGCAAUAGACAUCACAAGCAGGCGAACACUGAAUCUACCCAAUGGUUGAUAUGCGGUGGCAAGCUCACUGACAAGAAGCGCGACGCGUUUCGUGGCCUUAAAGCGGGCUACCUUACAUCAAUGUGCUAUCCUCUGGCAGGCUACCCUCAGCUCCGGGUAUGCUGUGACUUCAUGAACUACCUUUUCCACCUCGACAACAUCUCGGACGAGAUGAACGACAGCGGUACUGUGGGGACGGCAGCACAGGUCCUCAAUGUGCUGUACCAUCCAUAUGCCUCUCAACCCAAUACCAAAGUGGGCAGGAUGACAAGAGAUUACUGGUUGCGCCUCAUUGCCACAGCGUCCCCAGGCGCACAGCAACGUUUCAUCGAAACGUUCGACAUGUUCUUCCAAGCUGUGACCCAGCAGGCCAUGGACCGUGAGAGCGGUGCCAUCCCGGACCUCGAGUCGUACAUCGCAGUCCGGCGCGACACCAGCGGCUGCAAGCCAUGUUGGGCGCUGAUCGAGUAUGCCAACAACCUCGACCUCUCGUGGGAAGUCAUGGAUCACCCCAUCAUACGAGGGCUUGGAGAAGCCGCAAAUGACCUCGUCACGUGGUCCAAUGACAUCUUCUCGUACAACGUGGAGCAGUCAAAAGGCGACACGCACAACAUGAUCAUCGUGGUACAAAGUCAGCAAGGUUUGGACCUGCAGUCCGCUGUCGACUUCGUGGGAGAACUUUGCAAACAAAGCAUCGAUCGCUUCCAAUACCUACGCGAGAACCUGCCUUCCUGGGGCCCUGAGAUGGAUCGCCAGGUACAGAUAUACGUGGGAGGCCUCGCAGAUUGGAUAUCGGGAAGUCUCAAGUGGUCCUUCGAGUCGGAGCGUUACUUCGCGAAGACAGGCCUCGAGGUGAAGAAGACACGUGUCGUCAACUUGCUCCCUCGUCGUGCCUGA